AUGGCUUAAAACCUUAAUAAAUCAAUCGAUAAAAGAAUCCCACUAUUGGUAAACCCACGAUCCAAACUAAAAUAGAUAUUAACCCUAUUCCAAGACUCCAACUCAUAUGUUCUAUUGUCCAACACCGUACCUAAAGAUCUUAAUGAAGCCAAUAUUCUCCCUUAUCUAACUCUAUACAAAAAUAUAAGCUAGUAGUCAAUCUUGUUAUUGUUGGAUGCAAAGAAUAAAUAAUUACGAUUGUUGCUACUGUAACUUGUCUCCUAAAGCUUGCAAAGUCUGAGUUUCUGA